UAUCUCAAAAUAGCGACUAGACCCCUAAAGAUAUACCCUAGGUAGGGAGGUUUCCGGUUCCGGUUGUAGGGUUUAGUGCUCUUGUGUGAUUUGAGAUACGGAAAUCUGUAUUGGAGCCGUUUUUAAGCAGGCAGUUUAUUAAAAAAAGACGCACUGAAACAGGAAAAGACUGUGUGUUCUACUCCAAAACCAGUCCGCUGACUGUUUCCAGGAAAGUGUGAGUCAUGGUGGAUCAGGACGAUCUCAGCACUCACACUAAGCGCAGCAGGACCCUGAUUGUGAGACACCUUCCUGCAGACCUGAGCCGAGAUGAGAAAGAGGACCUGCUGGUGUAUUUCGGCGCCUCGUCCGUGCGCGUCCUGUCCGAUAAAGGCCCUUUAAAGCACACGGCUUUCGCUACGUUCUCCAGCGAGACUUCAGCCUCCAAGGCUCUGAGGAGACUCCACCAGCUGAGGAUCCUGGGCCACACGCUGGUUGUGGAGUUCGGCAAAGAUCAAGAUAACGUCGACGUGCUGAAGAGUCCAAAAGUUUCUGACAGGUUCAGUGAUGAUCUGAAUGAAAAGCCGAAGAAGGAGAGUCAACAACAGUCCAGUGUUCCUCUGCUCGAUACCGGCAUCGCUCCCAGUCUCGGGUUAAAAUUCCAAGCAAAUCCGACACUGAAAUAUUUAUACCCUCCUCCUUCAAGUGCCAUUCUGACGAACAUCACACACGCACUCCUGAGCGUGCCCAAGUUCUACGUUCAGGUUCUUCACCUGAUGAAUAAGAUGAACCUGCCGUGUCCGUUCGGACCCGUAACUACCCCUUCUCUGUCUUACGCACUGGCUCAAAGCCUGCUGCCCCCGAUGGUGCCCCUGCCCCCUGAAUUACCCCCCGAGAACCCUCCGCUGCCGAAGGGUACCAGCGAUGAAGAGUCAGAGUACGAGAGCGACGAUGACGAAGAUAAAGAGAGGAUGAUCAGACUGAUGGGGCUCGUUAACCAACCGUGCAAACGACCUCUGAAAACAAAGAUGGCCGCCAAAAGGAAAAAACCCAAACUGAAGGACCUACUGUAUACUCCCAAACCUGAAACACACAGUAGCGCUCAAGGUCUCGCUCUGAGAACCUCUGACGUGUUUGAGCAGCCGCUCCACCUCGGACCCAAGAAGAUCGAGUUCCACAUCCCGGCUGAGACGUGCGUGAGGACGCAGGAGGAGGGGGAGGAGGAGGGGGAUGAGGACAAGACACAGCAGGAAGCAGCAGAAAAAGUUUUAGCGGAGCAGGAAGCAGAAGCGUCGGGAUUUGGGAAGCUCUAUCCCAGCACACAGAGCUGCAGAGCAGAGGAGAGUGGAGAGGAAGAGGAUGAAAUCCCCUCAGAGUUCAUCUCCAGGAGAGAGCUGGAGAAAGGUCGACUCUCCCGAGACGAGAUGAAAAAGUUGUCCGUGUUUAAGAACUACGAACCCGGCGAACCAACCUGCAGACUUUAUGUGAAGAACAUCGCCAAACAAGUGGAAGAGAAAGAUCUGAAGUAUAUCUACAGCAGGUACAUCGACACCUCAUCGGAGGACGAGAGGAACAGGUUUGAUAUCGUUUUAAUGAAGGAGGGAAGAAUGAAAGGUCAAGCCUUCAUUGGGCUCCCCAGCGAGAAAAGUGCAGAGAAGGCCUUGAGGGACACGAACGGAUACGUCCUACACGACAAGCCCCUAGUGGUCCAAUUUGCUCGGUCGGCGAAACCCAAACAGGAGGCGGCGGAUUCCAAGACGGGAGCCAAAAAACAGGCGGACUGACUGUAUGCAUCAUCAGUACUAUUACAUGAUAUUAUCAUAUAGACAUAUUGAUUCCUUGUUGUCUUGAGCUCCAUGCUGUCUCACUUGUGUCUCACAGCUCCCAGGUGAAGAAUCUUCUCAGUGCCUCAGUGAGAAGUUCAUCACUCUGUCUGAGUCCUUACUACAAUCAUUAUUACAGUGUGAAGAAAUAAAGUGUUUCAUAUCAGUGA